AUGGUGAUUCGAUGUGAAACUCAAAAUGAUGACCUCUACUGCACGGAUAAGAGCCAAUUAAAUCAGAGACCAAGUUCAUAUGUAGAGAAUUUAGUAUCCAGCAAUCAUGGUCGAAAUGUGACAGAUGGUAUACACCCUAUAGAUUUCGCAAGCAAUACUGGUUCACUUAUGGAUGACGAGGUGCAACCUAAAACGCCCAUAAUAAUGAGCGUUUGCUGGAAAUCCAGUCAACUUGGAGUCGCAUUUUAUGAUGCAGAGACUUGUAUCAUUAAUAUGUGUGCUGAUAUUGUUGAAACUGAAGACUUUACAAUGCUAAGGAAAGCUAUUACUCAGAUUGAUCCAGAUAUUGUGCUUACUUUUGCACGCCAAGAUACAAAAAUCUAUCAAGCUUUGGAAGCGUCAGAAUCUGCAAAACAUCGUAUUGGUUCGCUACUUAGCCGCAUCCGUAAUCAGUCUGAUAUGCUAGAAAUUGAGGAGUUAAUGACAAUAUCAGCAAAACUUUCAUUCAACAACGUUACUAUGAUUUCAGCCAUUGGCGGACUCAUUACAUUCUUAGAAAAUAAACAUGGCAGCAAUCAACUAAGCGAAUCAGAGGCGCAUAUUCAUGUCGUCGAUUUGCAAAUGUUUUCGUUAGCAGGUGUUAUGCACAUCGAUAAACAUACAUUUAGGUUAUGGUUUAUCCGCCCUAUCUGUGAAAUGAAUGCAUUACGAAAGCGAUACGACGUCAUCUCAUAUUUCUUAGGAGUGCAACAAUACGAUGUUGCAAUGGAACUGCAUCUACAUAUAAGAAAAAUUAGGAAUAUAUCAACUAUACAAGCAAUGAUUGAAAUAGGAAAAUUAAGCCAACAUUUACCGCAGUCUAUACCACUAUUUCAAGAGAUUGACCUCCAAGAAUCUAAAAAGCAGAAACGAUUCAUUAUCAGACCUGGCAAAGAUACUCAAUUUGAUAACGCUUGGAUUCAUGUUAGCCAUCGCAAAAUUAUCAUUUAUGCUUCUGAAAGUGAUUUCCUUAUUGAUGGCCUCGACUUUAUGUUUGUUUCCAACGAUGUGGCGUACUAUAAGAGCCCUCUUACCAAAGAACUGGAUGAAUCCUUAGGAGAUACUCAAUGUAGAUUACUAGAUAAAGAAAUAGAAAUUAUGCUUCAGCUGCAGGAAGUAGUAUUACAACAUAAAGAUGAUAUUCUCUCUUUACUCGAAAAAAUCGCCGAAUUAGAUUGUCUUAUUGCCCUGACGAUUUUAGCUAAGCAAAAUAAUUUCAUUCGUCCAAAGUUAACUGAAGCAAAUAAAAUAGCUAUUAAAAAGGGAAGGCAUCCUCUCCAAGAAUGUUGCCUUGAUCCCGGAAAAUUCAUUCCGAAUGAUACAUAUAUAGAGGAACAAAAAGACAGAAUUAACAUUAUCACCGGUCCUAACGCCAGUGGAAAGAGUGUGUAUCUGAAACAGGUCGGUCUAAUAGUAUAUAUGGCACAUAUCGGGAGUUUUGUUCCAGCAGAGGAGGCUGAAAUUGGCAUUUCAGAUAGAAUUUAUACUCGAAUCCAAACUCACGAGACGAUUUCCGUAAACUUAUCAGCAUUUGCAAUUGAAUUAACGGAGAUUGCCACUAGCUUGAUGGGUGCGACCGAAAAAUCUUUAAUAUUAAUUGACGAAUUCGGAAAAUUUACUUCUCCAAUCGAUGGUUUAAGCCUUACAAUUGCCAUUAUUGAAUUUUGGCUGGAGAAAAGAUGUCCACCAAAAAUUUUAAUAUCAACUCACUUUACUAGCAUUCAGAAACAUAAUAUUCUACCACAAUCAGAUCUUUUAAAGUAUCAGACAAUGGAUACCUUGAUAGAAAAAGACAACAUUGCAUACUUGUAUCAGCUAUUGGAUGGGUUAUCUUCUAGAAGUCUAGCGUAUCACGUAGCAGCUGUAGCUCAUAUUCCAACUCAUGUCCUAUCUCGAGGCAGAGAAAUUGCCGAGGCGAUAAUCCAGGGAGAUGCAAUUACCCGAAGUGGUUCAGAAUCUACUGCGGAGCGAUUAAAAAUAUACUCAACAAUUGUAGACCGUUUCCUUGAAACAGAUCUCGAAAAUAGCGAUAUGAUAAAUUUUCUACAAAAUUAUGUUAUUCCAGCCAGUAAAGAUGCAUAA